CUCACUUCACCGGGGUCUCUACCCCAGAGUACCCACUCACUCAGUACCAGUACCAGUACCACUCGUUUGAUUCUGUGUCCUGGUACCCAGGGGUAGUCGCUCCUUCCCUCAGAAACAGUCCACCAGUCUGAGUCCAGUCCAGUCCAGUCCAGUCCAAUCAGCCCAGUGACUUGACCAUCCACCAUGGACCCCCAACCCCACUAUCCCAUGGACUACCUCUGCGCCCUACACCACACCCCAACGCCCACAACCCUCAAUACCCUCCUCAACGCAACGACCAGCCCCCCGCGCUUCGUCUACGGGGUCCUGAAGCUCCCCACAGCCCUCAAAUACAUCCUGGACGAGCCGCAAUCCACCGACAUGGUUUCGCGCAUGACCCGCGCAACUCUGGCAGGCUACAAGCUCUACCUGCCCAGUCCGCACGACCCACCCGUCAUGCUCCCGUCCAGGGACCCGGGGGACGCGGUGGAGGGGAUGCUGAUCUUCGGACUGAACGAGGAGCAGCGGAAUGUGAUUUAUGAGUUUGAGGCGGGGCUGAUGGAGUUGGUGGGUGUGAAGGUGCGGGUGGAGGUGUUCGAGGGGGUGGAGGAGGAUGUGGUGACGAGGAGCGAGAGGGAGGUGGAUGCCGGGGCGUUUGCUUGGAAGGAUGGGGCCUGCGAGGAGGGCUUGGUGCCUGUGGUGGGGACGAAUUGGGAGGUCGAUGAGUUUGUGGCCGGGGCGUUUUAUGAGAAUAUGCGUCGGGCUCAGAUGGCGAGGUUGUUGGAGUAGGUGAGGCGAUGAGGAGCUGUGGGAGAUGUUGGGGGGAAACGGGGUUGAUGGGUUGCUGGUGAGGUUGCUGGAUCUCCAAUGCGGAUUGGACGGGGUGUUUGGAGGCGGGAGAGGAGAUCUACGGAUUGAUAUCCAUAUGUACUAUAUUGCUUUGGCUUUUGGCUUAUUGCUUACAAGAUACCUAGAAUAGCGAGCGAAUACACCGCGAGAUCAGACACGAACCGGUUCAAGUAGAUGUAGGUUCUGUAGAUCUACUAUAUCCAGUAGAUCUAUAUCCGGUAGAUCUAUAUCCAGUAGAUCUAUAUUCCAGGCAGAUCUAUCCAACCCUGCCACCAUCCACCACCACCCACCAUCCCCCA